UUUCUUUAGUCCGUUGCUUUGUUAUAUCGGGGGAUAUUUCUGAGUUUGUAAUUUUUUUUCAUACGGGGUGUUUCGUAUACGUUUUUUGCGAAAUUUUAUUCAGUUAGUGACAAACGGAUUUAUUAUCAUGUCGUACUCUAACUCACCGUCAAAUCGUCAGGAUAAAGUGUUUCAGUAUAGUUAUCCUCAUAGUUACCAUUAUAUAUCAGAUGGAAGCACUAUAGGUGGAGAGGAAUCAAAUUUCUGGCCAAAUAGUCCAAGGUCAGAAUGUGCCUCACCAAGUAAUAUUUUACAUCCAAAAGAUUCACUUAAUGGCACUUAUCUCUAUCCAAAUGGAGGAUGUUCACUGCAAAGCCAUCAAUCGCCUUAUCGCAACACAUUAACUUUGGAAACCGAGCUAGGAACACCUUUCGUAAGAGUCGUUAAAAGGCGAACGACGGCAAACAAAAAGGAAAGACGAAGAACCCAAAGCAUAAACAACGCUUACCAUGAUUUAAGAUCCUGUAUUCCCAACGUGCCAGAUGACACAAAACUAUCAAAGAUAAAAACGUUACGACUAGCGACAUCUUACAUCAGCUAUUUGACCAGAGCCUUAGAAACUGAUGAUACUCCCGGAAACUUUAAGGCGGAACUAGGAACACUUUCCAAAAAAUCAAACAAGAACUACAGUAGCUGUUGCAAUCUGAAGAGUAGCUCUAGUAAUAGUUCCAGUUUUACGCCUAGUAUCUACGAUUCUCCUAAAAGUGACAGUUCUGGUGAAAUGUCAAACACUAGGAAAGCAAAAGGACGGACAGGCUGGCCUCAACAUGUUUGGGCCUUAGAACUAAAACAAGAACAAGCCCUUUAAUUAAGAGAAUUUUUUGAUACAUAGUUUGGUAAGAUACUUUAAUUACCAGGGAAGGGAAGUCGUUCCCAAACGGUUGCAAUAUCAAAUAAAUACAUAAUAUUUAUUAAAUUAAUAUGUGAUUAGUAAAUUAGUACUACCCAAGGAAUAUUUAGGGGUUGCACUUGGAUGGAAUUAAACCAAAACCAACGAUGGUGUUUGCAGUCAAACAACGACAGAUUGUUAAGACCGAACUCCAAAAAUUAAUUGAAAAUAUAAAUCAAUACAAUUUUAUAGAUCUCAUCAUGUCAUAUUUACAACAUCGAAAUAAGUCAAUAUAGAAGACACUCUUUAACAUUCUUGUUAUGUCCAAAUACUCCUUGGGUCUUAAGUAGUACUUUAUUGGAAAAACAAUAUUAGCUAUUCUGCCAUAUGAUGAUUGCAUUAUAUACUCAUUGUUGCAUAGCAGCAAAGGGCUGAAUUGAAAGGGUUUUAACAACAGUUUUUCUUUCCUCUUAAUUUAUAUAAUAAUAUUUAAAUUUCAAAUACUUACUGGAACUUUGAAAAAAAACUAAGAUAGCCAAAAAACCAUCAACUCUUUUUAAUGUAGUUCUGAUUUGUUUUAUUUUAUGUACUGUACCCAUGUCUGUCUGACAUAUUAUAUUUGUCAUAAGUGUACCUUGUCAAACUUGCCAUGCGCAAAAAAAUGCACAAAAUACAAUAAUUAACUAUAAACAAUCUAAUGAACUUUUAAUUAACAAUAAAGAAUAAUUAAAACUUAAUUCGCACUUUCUCACGCUUUCUCAAGUAUAAUAAGUUAGACAAAGAUGUUAUCUUUUUACAUUAAUCGUAAUUUUUUUUCACUUUUUUUUUAUGCGUGUUUAUGGACCCAAUAGUAAACAAAAUCAAAAUUCAUAAAACCAGGACCGCUCUAAAAAGAAAGACUUUGAUGAUAUAUAUGGUCGCUAGAAAACCAAACAUCAGAUUAGUUUUUCCUGGUUGAUCUUGAAAUUAAAAUUUUAAGAAAAAUUCAUUUUUUGGCCCUGUAUUUCUUACGGUACAAUGUGCAUACCUCUGCGCAUUAAAGUCUUAUAUUAAGCAUAUUAGUAUAAAGGUACAUAGCAGGAAGUCAAUUUGUAUCCAAAAGUAAACGUUAUAAGACAAUUUAGUUUGUUUGUAACUUCCUUAAUAUACAGGGCCGGACUUAGGGUUAAAGUCUCUUGAACAUAUAAAAUUAAAUACUGGAAGACUUCAGGAUUAGUCUCUAGGACGCGAAUUAGUUUAAAUGCUAUUAUUUAUUACUUCAUAUUCUUAUAAAAAAAAAUUAAUGUGAAAUAACAUGUUAUAUACUAAGAACUUUUUCUACUGUAUCCUGGCUAAGUUCGGUUCUGUAUCAAAAUGUAAAUAUUGUAUCUGGAUGAGCUGAACAUCACCAGAUGGCCCCUUAAUGUAUAUAUAUUAAAUUUACUCACCUCUGUCUAAAAAGUCUUAUUUGUAAACAUACUAUACAUGUAGUAGUUACAGUGGUUUAUAAUUAGAUGUGUAUAUUAUGUGAGCUUUGCUCCUGAAUUUUUAAUUUAAAAUCUACUUUUAAUUAAUUCGAUAUUAUGUACUUAGUUAAAUAAAUACGUUAUUAAAAUAAA